UUCAAAUUAAAUGCCGACUGUUCAUUUGUGUUGUCAAUUUGCUAAAGCAGUCAAAAAUGUCCUUUUGAAGGUUUCGUUUGGCUUCAGCUACAGUAAUCCAAGGUUAUUUUGUUCAAGUGUUUGUGGGGUAUUUUAAUAAGAAGCGUGUAUUUUUAAAGAGAUGGAAUUUAAAGGGCCAAAAACAUACAAGCCUUCAUUCGCCGGUCAACCCUCGCCUUCGAGAGAAGAAAUGUGGAAAGGCGAAUUGGGAUUUGAAGAAGGUAAUUUGUAUAAAUGGAGAGUUUUUUGUAUAAAUGCUUCAAAUUUACCGAUGAGCCUUUUUUGUAACAAUAUAUAUAUAACGUAAGAUAUGAUUAUUUACACUCAAUCAGCAAAUUUCACAAGCAGAUUAAAAUUCCAAUGUGGUGAAGACAGUCAUGUACAUUUCACUUCUUAAGGUGGCUCUUGUAUGUCUUCUUCUGUAUUAGCUCUAGUUAAUUUAGUUUCUUUAGCUUUAUAGGAAAGGCAAACCAACUAAAAAUUUCAAAGAUAUCUCGUCUAGCAUGAAUUUGAAUGAAUAUUUUUAAUUCUACACAAGCAUAUACUUAUCCAUUUGAGUAAAUAUGAAGGGAAUGGUAAUAUAUACUUACCGUGGCAUGACUGGCUGCUUGCAAGUGUGCAAGUGAAAGGAACUUAGUCCAGAUUAGUUAACCAAUCAUGAUAUGUAAUUGUUAUAGUUGCAAGUCACAUGCCAUAUUAGCUUGCAAUUGGCUAGCCUGCGAACAGGCUCUCAAACUGAAUUGAGAGCCUGCAUCGAUAACUAAUGAAUUUGAAUAUCUGCCCCGUAACGUUCGUUUUUCCAAAUAUGGAAUGUCUAUCCUUAUAUGGUGUUGUUUACAACUUUCGUGCAAACUAAAUUUAGACCGUGCAAACUAAAUUUAGACUGUACAGUUUAUACUGUUUUUCGAAAUAUAAGAUAUUCAAGCAAAAGUUCAAAUGUUUUAAAUACUGUUUUCUCGAAACAGAACAUUUCGUGCUUUGAGAUAAGACGGCCAAGACCAAUUUGAUCAGUUAAUGUGUUUUUUAUGCAUAUAAUGCUUCAGCAGUUGACAUAUAUAGAGCUCAGCGGAAACAUAUAAAUUAUAGCAUCUGACCAAUGAGAAUUUCGCGUCACGAUUUGAGACGCAGAUAUUCAAAUUCAUUAGUCAUUGAUGCAGGCUCUCAAUUCAGCUUGAGAGCCUGUUCGCAGGCUAGCAAUUGGCUAUUUAGUAUACCCGGGACUAGCCUGCGAACAGGCUCUCAAGCUGAAUUGAGAGCCUGCAUCGAUAACUAAUGAAUUUGAAUAUCUGCCCAGUAACGUUUGUUUUUCCAAAUAUGGAAUGUCUAUCCUUAUAUGGUGUUGUUUACAACUUUCGUGCAAACUAAAUUUAGACCGUGCAAACUAAAUUUAGACCGUAAAGUUUGUACUGUUUUUCGAAAUAUAAGAUAUUCAAGCGAAAGUUCAAAUGUUUUAAAUACUGUUUUCUCAAAACAGAACAUUUUGUGCUUUGAUAUAAGACGGCCAAGACCAAUUUGAUCAGUUAAUGUGUUUUUUAUCAUAUAGUGCUUCAGCAGUUGAUAUAUAUAGAGCUCAGCGGAAACAUAUAAAUUAUAGCAUCUGACCAAUGAGAAUUUCGCGUCACGAUUUGAGACGCAGAUAUUCAAAUUCAUUAGUCAUCGAUGCAGGCUCUCAAUUCAGCUUGAGAGCCUGUUCGCAGGCUAACCCGGGACCACAAAUGUCAAUUGCAUGAGGUUUAAACAACUAAGCCCAUGUUCUUCCCAUUUUCCAGAUGACUCAACAGAUAGUUUAGGCACAUCGGAUGAAGAGCCUGAGGUUGAUCAGUUCUCAAAUAACGGUUUGUAACGUCCAAUUAUUAGACAAAUGUUCACUUUCUUAGUGGUAAUAUAAUUAAUUAGCACUGCAUGCAGAUAAAGACUUCAUUGACACUUAAUUUGUUAAGUGUUAAUUUAACCCUUUAAGUGGCAAUCUGCCCGGAUCAGUGUCCUACUUUAUUAUUUUCCUCUCUCUAAUGCCGGACGAUUUUACUUGUCAUGCUGGGGAGAGUGCUACUAACCACUCAAUGGGUUAAUAAUUUAAUAUUUCAUUAAGUCUAAGAUAAUUAUUAUGGCCAGUGGUGUAGCCAGCAAUUUUAAUAGAAGUGUGUGGGGGGGACUGUGUAUGAGACAUGACUCAAUUUGAAUGGGCAAGACAUUUAUUAAGGUCCGGGUCCUCUCGAGUUCAGUUUAAGCAGUGGGGGCUAGCUGUUUAACCAGACAUUCCAACUCUCCCGAUUUUACGGGGAGAUCUCCUGAAAAUUCAUGCAAUCUCCUGGCCUCCUGAUUUUUAUCAAAUUCUCCCGAUUUUUCAGAAUAUUCAGCCUGUCUAAUGACCUUUUUAUGAACUUACUUUAUGGCAAUUUAUAGGAAUAUAGGAAUAUAUGAUUACUUAUAACAUGUCAACAUAUUCCCAAAAUGCUGGAAAUGCCAUUUCAGAACUUCAAGACUUAAUUUUUAUUAUUUUUCCCCCGAAGAAUUAGAGUCACUAGAUUUUAAUUCACUGAACAGGCCCUCUCCCUAAAUUUUGCCUCCAGUAGUUGGAAUUUCCGGUUUAACACAAAUUAGUUACACAACUGAUUAAACUGCAUUUUUCUUCCUGAUCAGGGGUUUUUCAGGGUUUGAAUUGAGUUUUGAAACUCAAUGAUACACCAGAAGUUUCAGUGGAGUAAAAUGAAGUUGAUUGUGAUAAUUCAAUUCAAUUCAAUACUUAUAAUUAUAUGGAUCUGAAAUAACUUUUCUUGCCUGAAACCAGUGGCGUAACUACUAUGGGCUCAGACCGUGAGAACCCGGGGGCCCCAACCUAAAUGGGGGCCCCCAGGCUUAGGCAAUAGAGCAAAAACAUUGGUCAGGGCCUCUGAUAUGUUACAAUGUAGUUUUAUGACCAUCAAAAUUCUGUAAAAUCUCUCCCCAAAGUCCAGGAAAUGGCAUUUCAGAGAGUCUAAAUUCAAAAAUUUUCCGGAUAAGCAUGCCCUGGACCCCCUAGAAAUUUCGUGCAUAUACGGCGCUCGACUCGUGCCUUUGGCACUUCUACUAGGGGGGCCUUCGAAAAUUUUGAACCGGGGGCCCCCUGAUAUAACGUUACGCCACUGCCUGAAACCCAACAAAGUAGUCUGCUCAGUGUGUGUUUUAGGGAAGCCUCACAUUAGUCACAUAUCGAUUUUUUCCACGAGAAACGUCAUAUAUGUUCGUUUGGGGGUGGAGGGGUUUGCAGCUGUGACGUUUCUCUGUAAAUAUCAUGGAAAAAUUCGAUAGUUUUUUCGAAAGCCUUAACAUUUCGAAAUCAUCUUAGUUUGCAGAGUAUAAAAAAGAAAACAACUUGAUACAAACACCAGUCUAUAGGCCCACAUUCGUAAUACCCAGACUGCAGAGUUGGUCAACGUCGCACUCGAUAUUUUUUUAGGCACAAAUUUCAGCGCACCUGGGAUGUACUUUAUAACAAAUUUUGCAAUUUAAUCUGCCCUCACAUCUCUAAUUUUCAUUGUUUUUAACAUGUAUCUCGCUACUUUUGUGCCCUUCAGAGAAACGAACAUAUGACGUUUCUCAUGGACGAAAUCGAUAUGUGAGGCUUCCCUUACUCGUUAGAAUAGACUUGUCAGUCAAGUCUAGAAAUACGACGUAAUAUGAAGAAUCACUGAUUAAUAUGUUAAUAAAUCGUAUUGGCAAGACCUUAGCAUUAGAAUUUCAGAAAAUCUUGUCAAAAUUUUGGCUCGCAUGACAAAGUUGAAUAGUCUUGGCAAGACCAGUGUCUUGGUAAGAUCAUACCAUGAUCUUCCAAGAUCUUGGGUGCCAGGUUACCAUUACAGAGCUGACCCGGCUGUCCGUAUGCGAGCCGAAGGCGAGAGUUUGUAUAUCAGAUACAGAUCGGAUGCGAAUGUUUUAUCGUACUUAAAAAAUGACCCAUCUUAUGAGUUCAUUGGUGAAGUAAUUUUAAAAGUAAACAUUGUCUAAGCCGAGAAAAUCAAAGCUGAAGUUUAUGUAAAUCAGGACAAAUCUUUAUCCGAUUUACAAACAUUGAUUAAACAUUCAUUUCUUUUGUAUUUUCCUCGUGAAUUAUUAAUGUAUUCAUAGUUUUAAGUACUAGAUAAAACACCGCUCCAUUAAUACUAUCUCAGUUUCCGUCUAUAUAGCCUCCUUUUUUAUUUUUCAAUCAUGAUAUUUACUAUGUUUUUGCAGUUACAAUGAUCGAGUUACAGUCGCUACAGGUUGAAAUUCAGAAAAAGGACAAACAGCGUGAGGAACUGCUCUUAAAACUGAAGGUAAAAGUGACCAUGCACAGGGACGUCGGCUAUAGGGUGUGUGUGUGGGAGGGGGGCAAGAUGGUCGAAGUUGCUGAAAGUUAUGAAAUUGUUGGCAAUUUUAACAAUUUUAAAGCUUUUGUUAUGUUUGCGGUGAAAAAAUUGGAAGCCUUGCUUAUCUUGGUCGAAAAAUGUUCAAUAUGGCAUAUGCCUAUAUAAUGUUAGUCCGGAAAAAUUUGUUUUUGACUAUGCUUAUGUUAGUCCGGAAAAUUUUUUUUGACCUUCCCCUCCCCCCCUGUACUACUUGGUUAAAAUCCUAGGAAAUGUUGGUCAAAACAUGACGACACCCCCUCCCCCAUGCAGCCAACGGUUAUACGACAGGACGCGUAAAUAUCUCGUGAUCACAGCCCCAAGCACAUAAUCAAUUGGUGUAUAAUUUAUAAGGACUAAUAAUUAAUCCGCGACAAAGGUUUCUUGUCACGUGGUUUUCCCAACAAAAGCCGGUUGGGACGAUUCGUAAUUGGUCAGCCAAUAAUUAUGGAAAACCGCUACGACUCUCCACAAUACACGAGUCAUUACUACUGUAAUUCUCGAAUGCACAUAAUUGUUACUUUUGUCAGGUUUCUUUUGCUUCGAUCGCCAAAGAUCGAAACAGAGGAAUAGAACGCGCGGCUGGCAAGCGUUGUAAUUAAGAAUUGUGGAAGAAGAGACGCGGGACGUUGAAGCGAUAAAGAGCGUGUCGAUGACUCGCAAUCAUUAGAUUAAAAUGUUCAUUAGAUAAGAUAAGAUAAGAUAAGAUAAGAUAAUUAAGAUAAGAUAAGAUAAGAUAAUUAAGAUAAGAUAAGAUAAGAUAAUUAAGAUAAGAUAAGAUAAGAUAAGAUGAAACUUUAUUUAGACACGCUUACUCCUUCAGCAAAUGCUGAUUUCCAAGGAGGGCGUGCAAAUUUAAAAGGUACAGUACAUGAAUAAAGUAACUUCAAACACUCAUUAAUAAUUCAUAAGCUUAUUGGCAAAUCAUGUCAACCAUAAUAUGUCACGUGCAGUGGCUUUAAACCUGAUAAAACACUCCUAAUUACUAUUCUUUAUAUAAAGAAUAUUACUAAUAAGGCAGUAUCUAUUGUAGUCAUGUCCUCAUUAGUAUUCUUUAUAUAAAGAAUACUAAUAAGGCAGUAUAUCUAUUGAAUUUGUAGUCGUGUUUGAAGCCGUUUAAUAAACUCGCAGGUCGUGUUUUAUUAGCUGGUCUAAAGCCACUCGCACUGCGCGCGCGCUCGUGGCUUUAAACCUAAUAAAACACGACCUGUGAGUUUAUUAAACAGCACAUAACACACACUAAUAAUAUAAAUAUUAUAUAUAUAUAACAGAGAGAACAAUCGAUCUAAAGCAGGCUAGUGUCAGCAAUCAAGGUAAUUUUAAUAAAAUGAAUUCAAACAAUCUGCAAUUCUCAGAUUGCCAGAUAAUUCAUUCCAAUGUUUCGCACCGCAAAACCCAAUAGUUACUUUUCUUUAAGUAUUCAGUAUUUAUCUGUAAAUACAAUUUGAAUUCGUUAUUACGUAAGUUAUAGAUUUGUUGUGAAUUUUCAAAGAUUUCGGUCAAUUAAGCAACUGGUGCUUGCGAAUGAGUAAUUUUUUACAGUCUGGCCUUCAUGAUCAGUCUUAUAAGUCUGGCCUUCAUGAUCAGCCUUGCGUUCUUUUAAGGUUUUCCAACCCAACUCAGAUAACGCUGCUUCAGACUGACCGUGCUCAUUUCUAUAACCUAAUAUGACCCUUGCUGCUCUAUUUUGUAAAGUCUGAAUUCGAUUUGAAAGCGUGGCACCAAUUGGGUCCCACACAAGGCAGCAGUAGUCAAAAUAAGGUUGAACCAAAGCAUAAUAGACUGAUAUAAGUGACUCACGCGAGAAACAUAACUUUUUAGUCUUGUGAUUGCACCAAUUCCCGAGGACGCCUUUUUACAUAUUUCCUCCAAACGAUUGUCCCAGGAUAAAAAUUGGUCAAUUUGAAUACCCAACGAUUUACUUUUUGUUACUCGUUUAAUGGGUACAUUGCCAAUCAUAAUGUUAGGUUCAGAUGUAAGAUUAUUAAGAUUAAACGGACUGCCAAUUACUAAAUAUUCAGUCUUUGUAAGAUUAAGACUUAAUUUAGUUAAUUUAUUAGCUAAUAGCCAAGUCGCAAUUAAUUUUAGAUUCAAUCUUUUGUAUUGACUUGCCAGAAGCAGUAAGGGUAGUGUCAUCUGCAAACAUUCUAAUAUUGGAAUUUUCCACACAAUUUGGCAAAUCAUUCACAUAAAUUAGAAAUAGUAGAGGCCCCAAUAUGGAACCUUGGGGGAUCCCAUAAUUCACUGAAUUGAGCAUUAAACUUAAGCCAGAUGAAACGAGUAUGAGAGUGCAUGAGAGUUUCUAGUAAGGCGACCUUAAAAGUAACAUAGUUUGAACAUGCACUCAUCAAACCUUUAUUUUGUUAAUCUAUAGAACUUAGAUAAAUGUACCCGGAACAACUAACGCGUGACUUCGUUUGACGGAGUUUGACUAUAAUAAUUAUAAACAAUAUCGCAAAUUGUGCAGUUCUCUUGAAGUUCUCAGCAUACAAGGAUUCAUGACAUUAGGGAGCUUUAGAUUUGACUACGAGUACGACUACGAGUACGAGAUUCGUCAAGCUAAACGCAUGCUGUAUGCUUACGCCAUCCCGUACUGACGCGAAAAAGUCGUAGCCGUCGCCCAUCUGAGUACGAAAUUGUGGAGAAAUCUCGUAGUCAUCACGACGACUUUAAAAAAAAAACAGAGGAAGUUGGCUUUUUUUUGUUUUCCAAAAAUAAUUUGUAGCAUUUAUAUAGCGUUUAUCCGGCGCAAAUAAUAUAUUAGUACUAAAUAUCUGGCCUGUUUUUAAUGUUAUGACUUAUUUACACGUUUUGUAGGGGAUUUUAGUCUGCAGGAGAUUUAGCUUAUUAAACUUUUUCUCUCGUCAGUUGGUUUACUGUUAUAAAAGCAACAUUUGAAUCGAAACGAAAACGACUACGGUAAUUUCCCCGCACGCGAUCAAAUCUCGUACUCGUAGUCGUACUCGUAGUCAAAUCUAAAGCUCCCUAAUAUAAGUUGCUCCUGACUGCGAGGCAGAUCUUAUGUAAUGUGGCCUAGCCGGUCACGCUCGCAUUGUCAUCCUGACUAAAACUAAUUUUUUCUAAACAUUCUACUACAGGUGUUGUCGGACAAGACAGCAAGCUAUCGAGCACGACUUAACAAAUCUGAACAAAACAAAAAAUCUCAAAUGAAAAUCAUGAAAAAGACUCAUGAAGUGUUCAUUGAACAGAAAGAUAAACUUAUUACUGACUUGCAAAAAAUACUUAGUGAACACGAGAAAACACUCGCAGCUCAAGGAGGAAAGGGAAAGAAGAAGGGAAAAGGAGCCAAGGAUCUACCCGGAAUUAAUCGUUUAGUAGAAAGUAUAACCCAGUUACACGAAGAGAAAGCGAAGCUAGACGAAUCCAUGCUUGUCGUGCAGUCAGAGUUGGAAGCCUCGAGAGAAGAAGCGAUGGAUAACGCAUCAAAAUACAGAAAUCAAAUCUCGGAUUUACAGAUCGAGAUUAAAAGGUUAAAAUCUUCAUCUGAACAGGUAUAGACUUGACUAUUCUUCCCUGAC